UUUUUCAUAUCGAUUAUACAUGUUACGAAGAAAUUGCUAACUACACACAAGCACUGUUUUGGUCAGUUGGUUACUUCAAUGUUCUGUGGUUAUCUAACUUGAUCCCAGACAAUCGUGUAGAAUAGUGUGAUACGGCUCCAAUAUAUAGCUGCUGCAAUACGGAAUCAGAGUUGCGUUGCUCUUUUUCGUCAGUCCGUGUCAGCGCUUGGCAGUGUGGUGUGUUAUUCUAAUCCGUAUUAUUUAUUUGUUGAGAAUAAUUCAAGCUAAAAAAGUGACGAGAACGGUUUAGGUUAUUUUUUGUUUUAUCGAAUUUAAUUUCGAAAUUUGGAAAAAAAAAUUCAAGCCAAAAGAAUGAGCAUUUUUGCUGGAGUUGAAGUUGGACCACCGAUUGAGGUAUUCGCCCUCAACCAGGCCUGUUUGAAGGAUUCCAAUCCUAAUAAGGUCAACCUGGGAGUCGGAGCCUACCGUACGAACGAAGGAAAACCUUGGAUUCUGCCUGUGGUGAAAAAGGCUGAGGCUGCUAUUGUUGCCGAUGGUAGCUUGAAUCAUGAGUACCUGCCGGUUCUGGGAAUGGAGAACGUCACGAACGCUGCCAGUACUUUGCUUCUGGGCGAUGAAUCCGAAGCCAUCAAGAGUAAGCGCGCCUUCGGGGUUCAAGCACUCUCCGGAACCGGAGCCCUCCGGCUGGGGGCCGAAUUUCUGGCGCGGAUUCUAAAUCGGUCUACUUUUUACUAUUCGUCACCAACAUGGGAAAACCACCACAAGGUGUUUCUGUAUGCUGGAUUCACAACCCCGAAAACGUAUCGCUACUGGGAUCAGGAACGUCGAGGUAUCGACUUCGAAGGAAUGAUUGCCGAUUUGGAAUCGGCACCGGAAGGUGCGGUCAUCAUACUACAUGCAUGUGCACAUAAUCCAACCGGGAUCGAUCCCACACAGGAACAAUGGAAAAAGAUAGCUGAUGUGUGUGAGAAGAAGAAACUGUUCCCAUUCUUCGAUUCAGCAUAUCAGGGCUUUGCCAGUGGUGACCCGAACAAGGAUGCCUUUGCAGUGCGUUACUUCGUGGAACGUGGAUUUGAAUUGUUUUGCGCACAGAGUUUCGCCAAGAACUUUGGAUUGUACAAUGAACGUAUCGGCAACCUAACCGUGGUUCAGAAAGACUCUUCCAGCAGUGCAGCGGUAGCGUCACAAAUUACACUAUUGGUUCGUGGCAUGUACUCCAACCCGCCGGCUUUCGGCAGUAGAAUCGUUAGCCGCGUCUUGACCGAUCCAACUCUAAGAGCCGAAUGGAUGGAAUGCAUUAAAACCAUGAGUUCCCGUAUCAUCACCAUGCGAAAGGCUUUGUACGAUGAACUGGUGGCACUGAAAACUCCCGGAACCUGGGAGCACAUCACUCAGCAGAUUGGCAUGUUCUCCUAUACGGGAUUGAACGAAAAACAAGUGGAAAUCCUAAUCAAGGAGUACAGUAUCUACUUGCUGAAGACCGGCCGGAUUAGUAUGUGUGGUCUCAACGAGAACAACGUAAAGUACGUAGCGAAGGCAAUAAACGACGCGGUUUCCCGAGCAGCAACAUCCAAGAUAUAGUUUAGUAGAUGAGAAGGAAACAAUAUGCAUUUCGCAAAAUCUUUCUAUAACUACUAACCUACACUCAGCGCUUUUAAGCAAGCAGUUAUAAUUCACUUGUUCCUUACAAAUGCAACAUAUUUACUUUAGCGUUUUUAAAACAUCAUUGAGCAUAUAAAACUAAUGUUCUUGGGUAUCAGUAAUCAGAGAAAACAUAAUCAUACAAUUCAACAGAGAUCCUUCAUGUUAACACAAUUACGGAAUUCAAAGGAAUACAGUGUACAAAUUUAUAAUAGAAGCAUUUUUUCUACAAUUUUUUGUAUUGCAAAAAUAAAACAAUAGCAGCUAGACAGCCCGGUAACGUUUUGUAUCCCAAAUAGUUGAACAUUGCAUUUAGAUAAAUCAAUAUUAGAGGCAGACAACAGAUGAAAAAUAUGAUGGUAAUCUAUGAAAA